ACUCAGUCCCCGGUCGCAUUCAUUGAACAUCACCCGUAACCUCUCUAGCAGGUUCCACAUAUCUUCCAGUCUCUCAUAUCUACACUGGUCCAAUUUCGAUCUAAUCCUCGCGAUAUCCUUAACCAGAAGAAAAAAACCCCUUGUCGCCCCCGACCCACCGGAUUUUAGAUUUUCCUAGGGGAGCUAUCUUCGUAGCCCACCUGACCCGAACAGGCGGAAAGUGGCCGUUGCUUGUUGACUCGUCUCGUCAUUUGUGUCCUACCAUUGACGCCGGUCCGAAAACAAGACGAGGGGGAAACUCGUCGUUUGCAUCACAUCAAUCAUCAUGGCUUCGGAAGGGCAGGAAAUCAAGGAUGAGCGGAUGGAGCAGCAGCAGCAUGAGCAGGAGCAGGACCACCAGCAGCAGGAGCAGCAGCAGCAGCCGCCUGUGGAGGGAGGAGACGACGAGGAAGAGAUCGCGGCGAUGAAGAAGCGGGUAGCCGAGAUGGAAUCCGAAGCGGCCAAGCUGCGUGAGAUGCAGGCCACGCUGGACCAGCAGAACGAGAACCUACGGGAAGACAAGGAGGAGAUCGAUGCGCGGAGUAUCUUCGUCGGGAACGUGGACUACGGCGCUUCGCCGGAGGAGAUCCAGGCGCACUUCCAGAGCUGCGGCUCGAUCAACCGGGUGACGAUUCUUUUGGACAAGUUCAGCGGCCAACCGAAGGGGUAUGCCUAUGUUGAGUUUGCGGAACCGAGCCUGGUGGCUCAGGCUCUGGUGUUGAACGAGAGUGUGUUCCGUGGCCGGAAUCUCAAGGUCGUUCCGAAGCGUACCAACCUGCCUGGCAUGACCCGGGGCCGUGGCCGUGGCGCAUUCCGGGGGGGUCGCGGAUUCCGAGGCGCCCCUCGUGGCUAUCGCGGAGGUUAUCGCGGCCGGGGUCGAGGCUACGCACCUUACUAGAUACCUUGUCUUUUUUCUUCUUCUUUUUCCUUCCACUCGGGGGCCGAGGGUAGCACUGCGAGUGACGUAAUGUGCCGAUGGACGGGACGAAGCUGGUUGAUUGCCCCCCAAGGACGUGUGGCAUCCCAGGUCGACCAAAGGAUCAAAUCUGAGUAGAGGAUCAGCCCGGUUUGAUUUUCGAGGCUGAAGGCUUUGGAGUUGGGGAGGGAACGGGCUGGGAUGGAUGGAUGUAUUGCUGUAUGAUAACCAACUGGCGCAUCAGACUGGGUCAGGAUGGACACCACGCGCUUGUGACUGAUAUC